GAAAGGACUAAUAUGAAAAGUACAAAAAAGCAAAUACAUUGCUGUCAUUGGUUCAAAUACAAUGAAGAUUCUUUAUAUUAUUCACCUACUUAUAAAAGACCCCAACUCCACUCAAUGGCCAUUAACUACUUAGCUGCAUUUGUAGGCAAACCAAAUAUUUUCCACCAUAUAAAUAUCACCACCAAGCAUAUACCAUUUUCAUCAUAACUUGACUAAAAGUUGAGUUCACAUCCUCAGACUUCUCUUCUUUUCUUGUGGUAUAUCAAUUCUAGGCUAAAUUACAUUCGAGCUAAAGUGGUUCAAUGGAGUGGACUCAGGGUCCAGUUAUUGGCCGUGGCUCAUCCGCCACUGUCUCCCUCGCUACCAAUUCUUCGGGAGAGCUCUUUGCUGUUAAGCAAUCUUGUUCUAACUUGUUGCAAAGAGAGUACUCUCUUAUUUCUCAGCUGGAUUCUCCGUUUGUUGUUAAGUGCUUCGGCUUCACCAAUGCUUUGGAGAGUAACAAGGAAAUUUACAACAUGUUCAUGGAGUAUGUACCCGGGGGCACGCUUUCCGAUUUGAUCAAGAAACAAGGAGGUUCACUGGAGGAAUCGAUGAUCAAAUGUUACGCGAAACAAAUACUGCUCGGCUUGGAUUAUCUUCACUCAAUUGGGAUUGUACAUUGUGACAUCAAAGGCCAGAACGUAUUGAUUGGCCAAGAUGGUUUGAUCAAGAUUGCUGAUUUAGGAUGUGGGAAAUUACUGGAAGAUCCUGGAUUUUCCGGUACACCUGCUUUCAUGGCACCUGAAGUUGCUCGAGCCGAUGAACAAAGAUUUCCAGCUGAUAUUUGGGCUCUUGGAUGCACUGUUAUCGAGAUGGCUACAGGGUCACCUCCUUGGGCUGAGAUCAAGGACCCUGUUUCCGCUCUGUAUAGAAUUGGUUAUUCAGGGGAUUUGCCUCAAUUCCCAAACAAUUUAUCAAACGAUGCGAGGGAAUUCCUCGCAAGGUGUUUGAUAAAUGAUCCAAAAGAGCGUUGGACGGCUGAGCAACUACUUCAACAUCCAUUUUUGCAAUCUGUUGAGUCCAAUUCCUGGAAAGUUGAAGAGUUGAAGAGAGAUUCUCCUACGAGCAUAUUGGAUCAGGGAUAUUGGAAUGUGUUCGAGGUGAUGGAUUCCUCGUCAUUAGAGUCAAGCAACACCGUUGAUUCGCCUGCAGAUAGGAUCAUACGGCUGAUUGGAGAGGGAAUGUUGAGCUCUUCGAAGCCCAAUUGGAUCGAGGAAGAAGAUUGGGUGACAGUAAGAAGCGAUGACAUAGAAGAAAACUCGAUAAUUUCAGAGGAAAACUGCGAGUUGAUCGAUGAUUUUGGAGGAUUUUUGGACAUGGAAACAUCAGUGUCAAUAAUUUUUUCUGAACAGGAAUUUGUGGCCACAUUGAACUUGGAAGCUACUUUGGUUGAUUGUAUUAAUGAUGAGAUAAUUAGCACUUUUCAUACUGGUAGUAGUAGGAUGAAUUUGAUUUCUUCUCCUGAGAUUGUUGGAGAUGUUUAUGUAUCUGAGUUUGAUGAUCUUGAAAUAAAAAGAUUGAAAUUUUAUUGUUCAAUUGAAGAAAUUCUUUUUACUGAAUUCAUCUUACGUUAUUACUGUUCCUUUUCUGUUAGUAUUACUUUGUAUUGCUUCCGACUAGUUGCCAUAUGCUUUCAUUGGCGUGCUUCCUUAUUCAUAACUAUUUUGAUUUGAUACACUUGAUCUAAG